CUGUAUUUAUUGAUGUCUAACUGGGCUUAAGGCUCUGUACUAAUUCGAGUACCUUAGCGAGUGUCUACUUGCAAACCCCAAACCUGUGCUCUUAAAUAUAUACCCUUAUAUAUUAUACAAACAAAAUCUGGAUUUUCUUUCCUUUGCCUGGGAAAUUGGAACUUCCUGGGAAUCCUACAGUUCUUUUUUCGAUUUUAAGGGCUUUGUAAAACAUUCUGAGAUCCAUCCUGGAACUACUCCAGAAACCUGAACUCAUCCGGAAAUCAUCUGUCACAUCAGAUCUGGGAAGUAUUCCUGGAUUUGAGUCCUCUUGUGACCUUGGAAACAUUUUUUUUCCUGCUCCUUGCCUCUUGAUUUGGAACAUCAUAAACACUGUGAGCUCCUUUUUAAAUAUUUUCUGGAAAGCUGGGCUACAAUCUUCAGAACCUCACAAACACAGAUUUACUUUUGGACCUAAUCUGGACAUUUUAACCAUUUUGCAAUCAACUUGACAUCUUGCAGAACUGUAAACUGAUCCAGGACACUCGUGCACCAAUUCUUCCUAAGUAAGUGUCAUAAUUCUUUCAAACUCCCAAUGGCUCAGUCAGGCUCCUGCCAAAAUUCAGACCUGUCCAAUGGUGCCAUUGUCCAUGGCCCAUUAGGCAUUUGUUCGGACCUGGAUACCCAGAUAGGAAGAGAGGAUGGGGAGGGAGAAGAGGAAGAUGAGGAUGUGGAACUAGCAGAAGAAGUAGGGGAGGAUGUUUUGAUGAUGGACGAAGCAGGAGAGGGGCGAGCCGAAGGAGAAAGUAUGGAAAAAAGCGAAAUUAUCCAAGUGGCCCUGUUACCAAAUGAAGUAAUACCAGAGGGGAAGGAAGGGAGUGAAAGACUGGAAGAAAAUGGAGAGGAAAAAAUAGAAAUGGGAGAUGAUAUAGAUGAGACAGAGGAUAAAGGCAUGGGAGAGCAAGAGUCAAAAGACACAAUGGCAAUGACUGAAAAUCCAUGUAACUUCUCACCAUUGAUAGAGGUUCAGAAAGAUCAAGAGCAGAAAUUAGACAGCAAUGUAGAAGAAGAAGACCAGGUGGUGUCCACUACUGAUGACGACUCAGGUGCUCUUGUAGGAGAGUCAGGCGAGGUUAAACAGUUAUCUACAAAUAGCACAGACGAAACAGAAGCUGAUGUUGAAGUCACAGAAAGCUUUGAGGAGCCAACAACUGAUGUGAGCCCUCUUACCACGGAGAUAGACGAACAAGUCAACAAUCAAGAUGGUCUAUGUCAAACCUCAACUGGCACAACAGAAGUGUCUGCCAACCAGACUAACCAGUUAACCAGUGAGAAAGAAGGUGAAAUGAUGAACACUGAUGAGAACUCAGAAUCCAGCAAACAGGAAGUAGACACCAUUAAUAAUAAUAUCACAGGGCAACAGAAGGAUUGCAUCAAGGCAAAAGUUGAGGAUGAGGAAACCGAGGAGUUUGUGAAAGAUGCAAUGUCCACCGCUAAAGAUGUUCUAGACAUAGAGGGUGAAGUAAAUCAGGAGAUAGAGGUGGCAGACUUUGCCUUUGUACCCUCUGAAGAACAGUCACAGACAGAAGGAGGGAUUGAGGAAACAAGCAUGGUAGGGAUCAACGAGAGGGAGGAAGAGGAAAAGCAAGAGCGACAGGUUGGGGUUAAUACUCUAACAGUGAUGGAUGGGAAAGGACAGAGUUCGGAAGAGGAUGAGAAGACAGGUGAUAGUGUUUUUAGAGAGGCAAUGGAGGAGGACAAGCACAGAGGAAGAGGUGACCUAAAAAUGCAGGAAGAGAACAUGGCUCAAGUAAACCCCCCAGAACCAGUACCUCCAUCUGUGGAGGAGGUUCUUUUAGAGACACAGCAAGAUGUGGAUUUGGACCAGGUGGAGGAGGCCUUUGAACUGGAGGAAGUGGGUGAAGUUGAACCCGAUAAGCCCGACAUUGAGGUCACAUCAGUGGACAAUGAGCCCACAGCAGAGGACCGAGGUCAUUUUCAAGAACAUCCUUUGCAGCUCCCCAGAAACGAAGAGACAGCUUGGGAAGAAAAACUGAGAGAACAGCUAAGAGAACAGAUAAAAGAUGAGAAGGGAGGAGGAGCAGAAGAAGAAGCAGCAGAGGGAGAGGUAGAGAUGGCAGAAGAACCUGUAACUGUUUUAGAUGAUGAAAUUGAAGAGAUAGAGGAAAGUAUUGGGAGUGAACUUGAAGGACAAAAGCCUUCCACCAUCACAGCACCUUUGGAAGACACCAUAGUUGCAAGAAAGGAUCAAGACUAUCAAGAGCCACAAGGGGAGAAUCUUGAACGUAGUAAGGAGAAGAAUGACAAAGGAGAGGUAGAAAAGGAGGAGAAGCCAAAAGAUGACAACAGAGAGAUAGAUUUGGACAUUAAUGGAAGAGUUAAAGGACUGAAGCAAGCAAUGGAGAAUGGGAUCUUAAGUCCUGAGCCUCAGCUACCCAGGAAAGAAGAACGGGGGUCAGCAAGAGUGCUGUCAGCCAAGAGAAAAGAUAGUGACUGGAUUAAAAAAGUUCAACCAGAGGAAGAAAAUGUAAUGGAAAUGAAACCAUGGAGGAAAGAACUGAGGCCUGUGAAAAAAGACCUCUGGGAAUCUGAGAGGGGGACCAGCGAAAUGUUGAAGAAGGAAACACCAUCAGAAGAGAAAAGUCCUCCAAGGAAGGAGGACUGGAUAAAGGAGCUGAAGUCAGUGAUCAAGCAUGAAUCCAUGCCCAAAAAGAAGGAUGAGCAGGUAAAGAAAAAGCGAGUGGUGCUGUUGGAGGAUGGCCAUUCAUACAUUCCCCAGCGGGAGCCAAUGAUCGAGGACAAGAGAGAGGAGGUUAAACUGAUCUCCCAUAAGAUGGUGGAGAGCCAUUUCCCGUCUGGGCCCAGGACCAGCAAAACACCCCAAGACCAAGAUUACGAGAUCUCGCUCUAUGUCAAGGCAGGGAGUGAUGGGGAGAGCAUUGGGAACUGUCCAUUCUCUCAGAGACUCUUUAUGAUCCUGUGGCUGAAAGGAGUCAUCUUCAACGUCACCACUGUCGACCUCAAACGGAAGCCGGCUGACCUGCAGGAUCUCGCUCCAGGAACCCAUCCUCCUUUUGUCACCUUUAAUGGCGAGGUCAAGGUGGAUGUCAACAAGAUCGAGGAGUUCCUGGAGGAGAAAUUGACCCCACCACGCUACCCCAAACUGGCUCCAAAACAUCGUGAAGCCAACACAGCGGGCAUCGAUGUGUUUGCCAAGUUCUCAGCUUACAUCAAAAACCCAAGGAAAGACACCAACGACGCCUUAGAGAAAACCUUGGUGAAGUCUCUGCGGCGUCUUGAUGACUUCCUAAGGACCCCCCUGUCUGCGGAGAUAGAUGGUGACGCCUCAGGAGACCUGCCCGAGUCUACCAGGAGCUUUCUGGAUGGGUCUGAGCUCACUCUGGCUGACUGCAACCUGCUGCCGAAACUCCACAUCCUGAAGGUCGUAGCCAAGAAAUACAGAGGCUUUGAGAUUCCAGUGGAGCUGACAGGAGUGUGGAGGUAUUUAAACUGCGCCUAUCAGAGGGAGGAGUUCACCAGCACCUGCCCCGCUGAGAGGGAGAUCCAGUUUGCCUAUUUGGAUGUCGCAAAACAAAUCAAAUAAGAAGAUGAGUGGACUUUGAUGGAAACAACACAGUUAAUCAGAGCAGAGAGGGAUUUAUCCAUUGUGUCUGUUUCUGGUACAACAAACAGACAGCUCGUAACAAAACAUGAGUUAAGAAGACGUAAGGAAUGGGCAAACCUAGUAGUAAUGAGGAAAGAAAUCCAGCUAAAUUUAUAUGAACACAUAUAACGCUUUAUAAAGAAUAAGAAUUCCAGGUUAUAGACUAGACCAAUCCAUACUAAAACAUCUAUUAACUCCUUUGUAAGUGUAAGGUGGAGCCAGAUCCUGAUUACCUGUUUUUGUGUCUACAAUGUGUGUGUG